CAACAACCUCUCUGUUUCUCUCUACAUUUCUCCGCCCCCAAAAGCCACCUCGAUUCUAUCACCUCGCGCCCCUCUCCGAAAUCCUCUCAGUAACGAGGUCCGUCGUUGCAAUUUAAUAAUUUCCACUGCAUCGAAAUCCCACCCAUCUCAAACAGCACACAGCACAUGUCCUUCUACGUCGCACCCAGCCAGCAGCGCACUCUUCGCGCCUGCAUGGUCUGCUCCCUCGUCCAACUGCACAGCAAAUUCAUGCGCGAAGGCUGUCCCAACUGCGAUAACGUCCUCGGCCUCCGUGGCAACAACGACGCCAUCCAAGAAUGUACUUCCCAAGUCUUUGAAGGAUUGGUCACCCUCCGUGACCCCAACACUAGCUGGGUGGCUCGCUGGCAGCGACUCGAUAGUUACGUGCCGGGAACAUAUGCCGUCAAGGUGACUGGAUCGCUCCCUGAUGAGAUCAUUUCGAGCUUGGAGGAUUCGGGUGUGAAGUAUAUUCCUCGCGAUGGUAGCACUGGUGAAGAGGAGACUUGAUCAUGUGGUUUUACUGUGGUUCGAGGCGCGCAUUAUUGCAAUUUUUCCCAGGUCUCCUGGCUAGAAAGGGUGGGAUGGUUCUGUUGUCGGGGAUUUCAUAACGGGCUGUUCCUUCCCGUUGCACGCACUUGGGAGUUAGGGAUUUCGGUUUACGUUCGAUAUACGUCUUUGGGUAUGGGCUGCUUUGUUAUUACGCUGGAGUUGUCCCCUUUCUUUUGUGACUCAUCACUACCUUGAGAACUCCCUUU